AUGGAAACCGAGACGCUCCGCCAUUCCCCCAUGGAGCGCAGGGACUUGAAGUGGGGUCCAAACAGCAAGCUGGUUCCGAUCAGCUCCGUGUGGCCCGGGAACGUUGCCGCGUCGCAGCUGUGCCGGAAGCGCCGGCAGAGACGGAAGCAGUCCAGAAAAGCUUCUCCUAGCCGGCAGGACGCGUCGCUCCCGCAAGCUCCUCCUCCGGAUCAAUGGAGGGUGGUCCGCGAGCAGGAGCUGAGGAAGACGGUGCUGAGAGACGCGUGCAGAGAAAACAUGGAGGCCUUUCCCCAAGAUAAGGAAACCUCGGACAAACGUAUCAAAACAGUGCUACAUCAACUCCUUGUUGAUGAUGAACAUGGCUUCAUUUACUGCUUCAUACCAAAGGUGGCAUGCACUAAUUGGAAGAGGUUCAUGCAUGCACUAAAAGAAGGUGAGCCCUACCCUGAUCUCAUGAGCAUAUCUCCCCAAAAGGCCAACAAUCCAAAGGGUCUGCGUAGCCUUGCCAGCUUCUCGAAAGUCGAGAUGGAGGCCAAGUUGAAGCACUACACCAAGUUCAUGUUUGUCCGUGAACCCUUUGUGCGCCUCAUCUCAGCCUUCCGGGACAAACUCCUGUCGUUGAAUCAAUAUUAUUACCAAGGUUUAGGCCGACUCCUUCUGCGUCGCUACGGCAACCAGUCUGACACCCCGUUGACUGUGAAGGAGGCGGUUGCGUCAGGCAUCCAGCCCAAGUUCUACCAUUUUGUCCAGCAUCUGCUGGACACAAAUGGCCAUAUGAAUGACUAUCACUGGAAGCAGUUGCACCGCCUGUGUCAACCCUGCUACAUCGAGUACGACUUUAUCGGGCAUCAGGAGACGCUUGAUGAAGACGCCCUGCAAGUGCUAACGUCCUUGAACAUGGAGAAGCUCAUCAAGUUUCCCCCGGCCUACCAAAAUGCGACGUCCCCUGCAACAUUGUCGAAGUGGUUUAAAGAAGUGCCCCUGGAGGACAGGAGGAAGCUUUACGAGCUCUACAAGAAGGACUAUGAGCUGUUUGGCUACGAACCACCUUACACUUUACUCAACAUCACACAAUAGAGGUGGAGCAUUUUUUGGGAGCUAC